AUGAGGAGCACAGCUGGCUUGCCGGUUCGUAACUGUGUAGGUAGACCGCCUCAACGAGCCCUGCCACCGGGUGCCUGGCUCCUCUUCCCCCGUCGGGCUUCGUUCGCAGCGCCACUGCCUGUGACGGUUGCCUCGGCCAAGCAGAGAGGGGCGCCAUCGAAGAGGUUGGAGAAACGGGAGAGAUGGUUAGUUUUGCGAGCCAAGCUCCCCAUGGCCGCUGUGUCGCCUGACGCCUCUGGUUGUGUGUCCCUUUUGUAUGCAAUCAUGUUGAACGGUUUGAUGAUGCUGCCCACUGUUACUUCAUCAACGCCCGCCUAUGGUUCCGAUUGCAGCUGCACUACUCCGCAAUCGAGCCUACCAUUCAACCGAACGGACAGUGACCGCCUCCGAAUCUCGGGAGGAGAACCGCGAACCCCGCAGCAGGAACAACAGCAAUUCACCAUGCUUCACAGUCCAAUCUGUUGCGAUACAAAGCGCGUAGCUCCAAGACAAGUACUCCGUACUCGUGUUGAACAGGACCGCUCAGGGCUUUGUCGCCGAUGCCAUCCAUUCAUGGGUGAGGGCGCUUCCCAGUGCCCGCCUCGUGGCUCGUGGAGUCUCAAUGUCAAGGGACCAGCACCGUGGCGAGGACCAGGAGGCAGGGUCAAACGUCCUUCGGGAGCAAGCGAGCGCAAUUCUUUGGAAGAUUAACGCCCUCCCGCACGGACGGCGGCGCUGCUCCUUCGGGACUCUUCAAGGCUCGGGUCACUCGAGGCUGUGUUGGAGGAAAUGAAGGGUGGUUCCAGCUGUCAGACCUUUGGUACCUCAUCCCAAAAGCAGCACAGCGAGAUGAAGCUGCGCUCUGGCGGAGCCGCCAUGCAUCAACACGAAACUGGGAGCAGACAGAGAUCCAUGGCAGCGAGACCCACCACCCUCAACCAC